CUGCUCGGCACUAACAUGGCUGCUGAGAUCAAUAGAAAACUGUCAUAAUUCGUUUUCGCCUGUAGUCGACGGCGUUAUUAGAUUCUCCGAGAUGUUUCGGACGAAUAGAUUUUUCUGAACAUGUACAAUUUUCAAGUAGUUAUGAAAUUCAUUAAUAUUAUUUCGAAAAUGCCAUAAUUUCGAUCGCCGUAAUGAUAGGUGAAAGUGCUCCGAAUAACUGUUGACCCGCGAGCAGAGGGUGAUUCACAACAAUGUAAUGCAGCGUUAUAAAAACAAUAGGGGUUUUUUUUUAUGAUUGAUCAAAAUCGUAGACGCUGCGAAGAGUUCCUAAUAUUCCGGGCAAAUGUUAACGAUACAUUUGUUUAAAUAUUAAUUUUAAAAAACAAACUUCCGAAUACGAUUAAUAUUUUUACAUUUCUUCUCAUAAGAGAGUGCCUGUUUCUACAAUUUUUCGUAAUAUUUUUCAAUUUUAAUAGCGAUUAAUCAAGGAAGCUACCAAGUUUCCGACGUGCGAGAUUUUAAUAUGGACAUUUUUGAAUUUUUUUGCGUGUCUGUGAUUACAUUCGUGUGUGGCAUAAUAUGUACGCUUGUACUGGAGUUUUAUUUAUUCAAAAAAUAUUUGGAGGAUGCACCGGUGGCCAGUCCGCCAAAAAAACCAAUCCAUCAUGGCAUGGCUCAAUUACCUAAAGAAUUACUUCAAAAUCUUGAGGACGAAAAGGCGAAUUCUAAUACAAGUAUGUCCCGCCAAGGUAUGUGCCAAGGGAACGAGAACUUGGCGAUAAACCUAACGCUGCAAUUUUUAUUUAACGAACUCCGUAACGCCGAAAGGGUUCGUCUAUGGUUGUAUAGAAAAUUAAAUAAUGAAUUCAAAGAACUUUUAACUCAGUCCACGACUGGUAAAUUGUUGGACAGUGUAAAGUUAAGAGAUUUAAAUCUUGGUACACAAUUUCCUACAAUAAAAGGUUUAGAAGUUGCAGAUUCAAAAAUAGAUGCUGAUACGGGUUUACUAGAAUCAUUAGAUUUGUCUUUAGAUUUACAUUAUUCUGGUAAUUUUCAACUGUCUAUAGAUGUCAGAAUGUUAUUGGGGAAGACUGCCUAUAUGGCUUUACAAGUGAAACGCGUCAGUGGUAGAGCCAGAUUACAGUUUACACGUGUUCCAUAUACUCACUGGUCUUUAAGCUUUUAUUCUGAACCUAUACUUGACUUAGAAGUGCAGUCUCAAUUUCAAGGUCGUCAAUUACAACCUCAGAUCAUUUCUUUGAUCACAGGGCAAAUUCGGAGAGCCGUGCGUAGGAAGCAUACACUACCUCGUUAUAAAAUGCGUUAUAAACCAUUCUUCCGCAGACUGAACGACGAAGCAGUAGAUUUGUCCGAAGUUGCCAAUAUACAAUUGAUACCGGGUUAUCUGGAAGUAUCGUUAUUAGAAGCAAGUAGAUUGAAUCUUGGACCUAAUAUGCUUAACGCAGAGGACAAAACACAAAUCGAAGUGUAUUGUACAAUAAGCGUAGAUUCAACACCCUGGGUAUUUCUAACUCAAUAUACAGGAGUUCCUUACAUGGUGUUAGAUUUAAUUAUUAGUAAAGUUGGCUCCCAGCAGCUUGGUGUAGUAUUUAAACAAGAACUUGUGCCAGAAAUAGGUCACGUUUGUGUGCUAGUCGAAACGAUAGUAGUCGGAAGCCCCGCGGCAAUCGCUGAAAUGAAAAAGGGGGAUAUUUUAGUAGCCGUAGAUGGUAAAAAGGUGUCUAGCAUGAAUCAAGUAGCCAAAUUUAUGAAAAGCACUGUCCAGAGACGUUUUAUCGUAAGAGUCGAGAGGAAGUAUUCCAAAGCAGAUUUGGAUAAACAAAUUAGCAUGAAACUGGACAGUGAGAAACUAUUCGCAGAAAGAGGAACGGAUAGAAAGUCAAUAAAAACAGAUUCGUUGAUGAAUAAAGGCGACACGCCUAGUACGGAAGACAGCGGUAAAAUUAAGUUUGAAAGUCAAAUAAAAUUUUCGGACUUGAAGGAUUCGGAGCACGAGAUUUACGAUAAAGUGGAAACGGGUAGCAAGUUUUUCAGAAGAAAAAGCAGCGUUCAGCCCGCAGAGGAUCCCGCUCAAACACCCGACAGUACACCCUCUAGAAAAAUCUCGACCACCUCGAGUCAAUCGUUAAUAUCGAACAGCUCGCAAUUUUGCUUCGGCGACGAUAGUUAUAUAUCGAACGUAACAGAUUUAUUCUACACCACGAAGGAAAAGGAAUAUGCUUCUCUAAUUACUUUCGAAGAAACCAGGAACUUUCAAAUUGAUUCGGAAUUCCAGUAUUUGAAUAUAGGAGUGUGGGGUCGUGUAAGAGGCGGGGAAUCACCCGCAAAAUUGUUGGGCUACAUAAACGUCCCAAUGAAAUUAAUUCUCGCGCAGUGCUACACAUCGUCGACCGGUCAUUAUCUUAAAUGCCAUGCUCUGUUACCUCCCGAUAGUACUUCCCUGACAACAGUUCAUACUAAGUUACAAGGAUAUUCAGGAUUUGACCCGACGCUUUGUUACGGCGAUAUUUUAUUAUCCUACGUGUGGGAGUCUAGUUAUCCUAAUCGACAUGCAGUCAGCGAUUCGGGGAAGAAAGAGAGUACAGAAACUAUCAAAACGCAACCGAUACUGAGCGAGGAGAUCAUCGACAAGAAAACACACGACUUUAUCAGGACACAUUUUCACAGAGCGACGCAUUGUGACUUUUGUACGAAAAAAAUUUGGUUGAAGGAUGCUAUACAGUGCAGGAAUUGUGGCAUGGUGUGCCAUAAGAAAUGCGAGGUUCGUUGCCAAGCAUCGGGAUCUUGUGGAGCGGAAAGUUUAGCGACAAUGUCAUUCAUAGCCGACGAAACAGAGCCUAAUACUCUUAUCGGGGAAUCGGGUCCGGAGAUUUCUCUAACCAGUUGCGAAGAAAAUGUACAGGGUGCAACUAUGAUGGCCAUGAAGGCCAGUAUAGCUAACACUCUGUUGGGCCUGAAGAAGGCUGGAAGUACAAGUUGCUUGGCCCCACCGGCUUCCGGUAUUGGUCUGGCAUCUAGAAGUCUUCCCCCAAGUCCCUGUGCAUCCCGCAAGAACUCGUUGGUCGGAGGUUUGGGCAUAAGUCCUGAUCUGUUGGAGGGCGCUGAGCCCAGCGUGGCAGCUCCAUUAGUAGCCGGGGAUUUGGACGAUGGUCUCAUGUCCAGGGCCAAAGACACCGGCAAGUUUUUGUACAAAUGUUUGGAGCCACGCGAACGCGUCGAGAAGAUCAACGCCAUGAUGGGACGGCUGAAAACUGUACUCGACGCGGAAACUACCUCAAGAUUAGAGCUGUCGCAAAGCGGGGAAAUGGACAGUAUUAAGUUGAUCGCGCAGAGCGAUUUACGAGUUCAAGCAUUGAGCGUGCUGCUACUGCAUUAUUGUGCCGGUUUGCAGCACGCGCAGGAAGCGUUAGAUCGGUCGCAGCAGACCAGCAAAGACUCUUAACGGACCUAAGUUACGCGAUCGGACGUCGAUCAAUUUUAACACGUUCGCUGAACUUAAUCUCACCAGUCGCUGUCACCGAAUAACGGGAAACCUGCGUGUCUUAAUCCGAUACAGCGUUAACACGUUGAUUGUCACGUCACUCGUACAAACGUGUGACAGAAUUUCUCAUAAAUUUAUUCCAAAGUCGUGGACGACUUGAGGUUAUUAAAAUAAAUGUUAGAUUAGAUUCGUUCGAUCGUCAGAAAAUUUCAUCGAUACGAUCUGCCGGUCAACGUGUUAACAUAUACGUCUGCGUAUGCGCGUGUGCAUUAUAUUUACCUCGACG